AUGUUCGCUCUUGCGACUGGCUUUCUCGCUGUGUGGGCAGUAGCCCAUGCAGCUCCUAGCGCAAAAACCGCUCCAACUGUUGAUGUUCGCAAUGGAACUUAUACAGGCGUGCAUAGUACAACUUAUGGCCAAGAUUUCUUCCUUGGUAUGCCCUAUGCGCAGCCACCUGUGGGAAACCUUCGUUUCACCGUGCCACAAUCAUUGAAUGAAAGUUGGAGUGGAGCACGCGACGCAAAAGAGUAUUCUGAUAUCUGCGUUGGAUACGGGACCGACUCUAUUUGGUACCCCCAGUCCGAAGCCUGUCUAACCCUGAACGUCAUCCGAGACUCCUCCGUCAAGGGAAACUCCAAGCUCCCGGUAGGAGUCUGGAUUCAUGGUGGUGGCUUCUUUGAGGGAUCUGGGAGAGAUGAGCGGUACAACAUGUCUGCUAUUGUUGCAAACUCUUACAAGAUUGGUAAACCAUUCAUUGCCGUCACCCUUAACUACAGACUCUCUGCCUGGGGAUUCAUCAGCUCGAGUGAAGUGUCCGGCAGCGGUAACACCAAUCUCGGCCUGCGAGAUCAAAGAUUGGCCCUCCACUGGAUCCAGGAGAAUAUCGCUGCCUUUGGUGGGGAUCCGACCAAGGUCACAAUCUGGGGCGAGUCGGCCGGUGGCAUGUCAGUGGGCUAUCAAUUGACAGCAUAUGGAGGCCGAGAUGACAAACUGUUCAGAGCUGGUAUUAUGGAGUCUGGAGGAUCUAUUUCAGCCAGUACCGGUAACUUUACGACGUACCAGUCGUCUUAUGAUACCCUGGCUGCUAGUGUCAACUGCUCCAAUGCAGUGGACUCUCUACAAUGCUUGCGAGAGGUUCCUUUCGAAACCCUCAACUCGGUUUUGAACGGCACUGAUGGCUCCUCGGCGUACGACUUCUCGCCUGUGGUUGAUGGGGAUUUCUUACGAACCUAUGGUAGUGUGCAGUUGAACAAUCACGAAUUUGUCAAAAUUCCUAUUAUAUCGGGAACGAACAUGGAUGAGGGAACUGCAUUCGGGCCCAAGGGUAUCAAUACCACCGAGCAGUGGUAUGAGUACCUCACUGAUGGCUCAUUGGGUAAGCAAUUACCACCACCCAUUGCCAAGCGCAUCUUGGAACUAUACCCCGACGACCCAUCACAGGGUAUUCCAGCAUUCCUUGGUGACCAGCGUGUACCCUCAAUGGGCUAUGAAUGGCGACGAACCAGUGCCUUUGCGGGUGACUUCUACAUGCAUGCGAAUCGGCGCCGACAAUGCGAGGCAUGGGCCGAAACCUCAACACCAGCGUACUGUUACCGAUUCGACGUGCACUCUGCCGAUGUCCCGCUCAUUGUGGGAGCAACCCAUUUCGAGGAAGUCGCUUUCGUAUUCCACAAUAUUGCUGGACUAGGUUACCACUACGGAAAGCCUUUUGCGGGUGUGCCACAGUCGUAUAUCGAUCUUAGUAUUAUGAUGACGAGUAUGUGGGCUUCGUUCAUUCACGACUUGAAUCCAAAUUCCGGCGUGAUGAAUAAGUCGAUCCAUUGGCAGGCUUAUGGAAAGGAUAAGCCUGUUGAUCUGCUUUUCAGUGCCAAUACCACCAGUUAUAUGGAGGCUGAUACCUGGCGCAAAGAAGGGAUUGACUAUAUCAAUGCGAUUGCGAAGGCAGUUUGGCGGUAG